AUGUCAUUCACGGUGAACGAGCAUUCGUACAAAUACGGUUACAAUGCAAAGUUGCUCACAAAAAGGCAGGAAUCAGCGAAAAAUGAUAUCGAGAGGGCAUUUGAAGUCCUCAAGCAGACAUGGCAUGUAGUGAAAUACGCUACACGACUCCGGGAUAAAGAUAGAAUUAAACGAAUGGUCGAAGCAUGUAUUAUACUGCAUAAUAUGAUUAUUGAAGAUCAAGGUCGAACGAUUUGCACGUAUGAUCCGGACGACGUUGUCAUCCCGAUUGAGGAGUUCGUACCCGGAACGACUGAAUUUUUAGCUCGAGUUGUUGAAAUUCAUAAUAGUGAAACGAGUUUCAAUCUUCGAGAAGAUGUCGCAAAACAUUUGUAUCAACUUAACAUGAACGGAUAUUAG